GCGCAGCGCGACUCUCCGGGCUGCUCAGCGGGGACUCUCCUUGUUGGAAUAAAUACCACAGAAAUAGUAGUAUUAUUAUUAUUACGGCAAGCUUAAAGCCUCCGGAGGAUUUAUGUCUCAGCCGGGACCCGAGCGUGCAGAGGCGGACUGACUCCACAGCAUCGCAGCGCUCCAGUUGGACACAUUUAGUCGAGUGCGUCUUCUCCUCCUCCUCAAUCCACCUGCCUGCCUGCGCGCGUUUGGAACACAGGAAGCCCAUGGAGGGAUGUCGCGAUGCUGUGCUCAAGGAGAACGAAAACUUUGGUGUCGACAUGCGUGAUACUGAGCGGCAUGACCAACAUUGUGUGUCUCCUGUACGUCGGCUGGAUCACCAACUAUGUGGCCAACGGGGGUCCCAAAGUUGCGGAGAGCGGCGGGGAGGCCGACAGAAAGUUGGAGGAGGACAGUAGAGGAGAGACGCUGAGGAUUAUGGAGAGGCUGGACCGGCUGGAGAGCGUCGUCAACGAGCACAUCAAAGAGAACCCUCAGAAGGACGGUGAAGAUGCCUCGUCCUCAUCAGACUCAGCCUCGGACUCCGCUUCCUCGCUGUUUGACCACUGGGGUCACGACCUGGGCCCCGAGAGUCGAAGGGUCGCCCUCAGGAAGUUUCGUUACUAUGGCUACAACGGCUACCUUAGCGACCGCAUCUCCCUCACCCGGUCGAUCCCAGAUUUACGUCCAGACGGGUGCAGAAACAUGUCAUAUUCAGGAGACCUUCCUCAGCUCAGUGUCAUCUUCAUCUUCGUCAACGAGGCCCUGUCGGUGUUGCUGCGCUCCGUCCACACAGCCAUCCAGAGGACUCCAUCACACCUGCUCAAAGAGAUCAUACUGGUGGAUGACCACAGCAACAGCCCGGAGCUGAAAGAGCACCUGCAGAGAUUUGUGAAGGAGACCAACAUUCAGCACGGCCCGGGAUUCAUCAAGGUGGUCCGCCACGACAAGCAGGAAGGACUGAUCCGAUCCAGAGUCAGCGGAUGGAGGGCCGCCUCUGCUCCCGUCGUCGCUCUGUUCGAUGCACAUGUGGAGUUCAACAUUGGAUGGGCAGAACCUAUACUGCAGCGAAUAAAGGAGGACCGGACCCGAGUGGUGUCUCCCUCUUUUGACAACAUCAAGUAUGACACCUUUGAGAUUGAGGAGUACCCGUUGUCUGCUCAGGGCUUUGACUGGGAGCUGUGGUGUCGAUACCUCAACCCACCAAAGUCCUGGUGGACACAACACAACCACACAGCCCCGAUCAGGAGCCCUGCUCUGAUUGGCUGCUUUGUGGUCGACAGGAAGUACUUUGAGGAUAUUGGUCUGCUAGAUGAAGGCAUGGAAAUUUACGGUGGAGAAAACGUGGAGCUUGGCAUCCGGGUGUGGCAGUGUGGCGGCAGCGUGGAGGUCUUGCCCUGUUCGAGGAUUGCACACAUUGAGCGUGCCCACAAACCCUACACAGCAAACCUGACAGCCCAUGUGCGUCGUAACGCUCUGAGGGUGGCUGAGGUCUGGAUGGACCAGUACAAGAGUCACGUCUACAUGGCCUGGAAUGUUCCACUACAGAAGUCAGGAAUAGACAUUGGGGACAUUUCUGAGAGAAAAGCCCUUCGAUCCAGACUCCAGUGCCGACCGUUCAGCUGGUUUCUCUCCAACAUCUACCCCGAGCUCCGAUCCUACAGCAACACAGUCGCUUACGGAGUGUUGAAGAACAGUCUAAGAGACAACCUGUGUUUGGACCAAGGACCUGACACUGACAAUGUUCCCAUCAUGUACCUCUGUCAUGGUAUGACACCGCAGAACAUUUACUACACCAGCUCUCAGCAGCUUCACCUGGGAGUGCUGAGUCCGACGAUCGACGAUGACGACAACAAGUGUCUGGUGGAUGUGAACAGCAGACCCAGGUUGCUGGAGUGCAGCUAUGCAGCUACCAAACACAUGAAGCUCGCUUGGACGUUCACUCAGGGUGGCUCCAUCCAGAACAUGGAGUCUCUACGUUGUUUGGAGCUGGUGGAGAGCAGACAGUCACAGUUCAAUUUCCAGCUGGUUCUUCAGGACUGCACCGAUCAGAAAUGGACCAUCACUAACAUACUGACUGUGCUGCCACAGUGAACACACUGACACCUGUCAGCUACUGGAACACCGUUGUUGUGAUGGACUAAUCUAGUGAAGUGAGGAACUCCCCUGCUGGCCCAAAUCCACGGUGGACCGACCACAGAGUUCUGGUGCACCAGUUGGAAAUGGACUAACAUGUUGACCUAAGCAGGAAACUACGUGUCCAAAAAUUGAGCUUCGAUACUGGACCUAUUGUUAAAGAGAAUCUGCAUAGGGUAAGAUGUGCUUCAACCAAACACGGACCAUCAGUAAUCUAAUAACCGUUUUAUACCAAUGACCUGAGAGAAGAGACACUCACAGAUGGAGCCGGGGCUCCCCUUGUUCCAGGGGACAGGCCCAUGAAAUCAUGACAGCACUCUGGUUAUUGCAGGGGCACCGUCCACCCUUUAAGAUAGGGCCUGUACUCCCUCGGUCUCAUCGCACAAUCACUAUAACAAAUUGAGUGAGCGUGAUUUCAGUAUGUUUGUGUGCAAAGGGGGAGAAGUACAAGGUGAGUGACUGCACACAUUGCAGAAAAAUCUAGCAAUUUUACAAUGCAAACUGGCUGAUUUGUUACAGAUUUAGCAUUUUUAAGCCCGGAACACACCAGGAACAUCAGGAGCGCGUGGCGGCUACAUUACCUGUUGUUUUUUAUUUCGGCGUCCGUGUUAACAGGUUAGAGCAGCCACACUG